AUGGCUGCUCUCAAGUUCCUGUCUUUGGCGACCGCCGCCAUUUUCUUGCUAGACACUAGGGCGAACGCGACAGAAAACAAGGCAGAGAGGGUAAACUGCUCGGUGCAAAUGAACGCCGCCCGCGAUCUUGUCCGUUUCGCCGAGCUCACGGCGGGAGAGAAUAAAGGCGAAAAACUCCCAAUAGAUGAAACUCCUCUCUCCCGAGCUGCGACAGUAGCAGAGUAUGUGGAGUCAGUGUGCACGGCACUCAAAGGUAACGCAGCGUCUGCUCCAAAAUCAGCCACGCUGGAUGGCACAUACGCUUACGCGGUUCAAGAAGGAGCUACUGCUGACUGCGAAGCCGCAGUGGAACACUGGAAGGCAGCUUUCUCCAACUUCAACGGCCUCCCUCCGCAAUACACAGAAGACACAGAGCCGUAUGACAACCCACAAAAUAUUUCCUUCAUUUCCCUUUUCAACCCGAGUGAAAAUCCCAAAGUGGACUGCGCAUACUUCACCUGCCCAGCAAAAAAGACGGUGAAGCAGAAUCAAGAAGUUGUUGAGGACGAAGAGGAGGAAGGAGAAGAGGAGGCUGGUGGAGGUAGUAGCAAUGGGAACGGCCCAGAGCAGGGCAGCGGGAGUGAGAGCACCACAGACAAAGAAGUGAAGGCUCUUGUUUGCGUCACCACGCCAAAGGCCUUAAAUAAGGACGCCGCCCCAUACACGCAAGCCCAGUGGGAUCAGAUUACUGCUGGACUCAACAAAAGCGCCGCACCAGCAUUACCUAUGUUCCUUGGCUUUGUUGCCACAGCAGUUGGCAUUCUUCUCCUUUGA